ACAGGCUGGCUUGUGCGCACAGAAAGAAAAGGUGUGGUCAUGGCUGUUGAUUACGGUCAGGAAUAAGAUCACAUUGAUCAGGCAGAGAGAGAGAAACGGGAGAGCAAAGACAGUCAGAGAACUGAAGGAAUUUGUGGAACUUUCAAGUUCUUCAGGAAAACUGCACUUCACUCCUCAGGCAGUCCCUCUUCAGGCAGUAAAACCAGUUUGACUAUGAAUAAUGAGAUGAAUGGUCCCAUCUAUGACAACAAAGGGUUUCAACAUGAGGAAAAUAGACCUCCUCCAUAUUUCAUAACACUGCAGAGUCCUGGCCAUUUCCCCAUCAACACGCCCUAUACUUCAACACCUGGAAUACCAGAUAAUCCAAAUCAAAUGAAAGGAAGAAAGAAAUAUCAUGGGAAAUACAUCCUGGGUAUAAGUCUGUGUGUGGCUGUUAUCCUUGCGGUGGCUGGCCUCUUGUUGUGGUACUUCUUGUACUACCAGUGUUCCAUGGGGAAGUCGUGUGGAAAAGGUGGGAAAUGUCUGAGCCACUCCCAGUGGUGUGAUGGAGUCACUGACUGUCCACAUGGAGAGGAUGAAUCUCUGUGCUUUCACCUCCAUGGAGCCAACUACAUGCUGGAGAGUUACUCAUCAAGCAGCCAGACCUGGAUGCCCGUGUGUGCUGACAACUGGAAUGAUAACUAUGGAAAAACUGUGUGUGGACAGAUUGGCUACAGCAGAAUGGAUUAUGUUGCCUACACCCAAAUCAGUGCCGGUUCUUUGGCCUCUAAAGGAUAUAUGAGGCUGAAGUCUGGAAGUAAUAGUGGAUCAUUAGUACAGUCACAGCUCACUCCUAGCUCAUCCUGCAGCUCCAGUGCUGUCAGCCUUCGCUGCAUUGAAUGUGGCAAGAGUUCAGCAGCUCCCAGCAGUCGUAUCGUGGGUGGCACAGCGGCUGUAAAUGGAGCUUGGCCGUGGCAGGUCAGCCUCAAGAUUUCAGAUAGACACAUCUGUGGAGGUUCCAUUAUCAGCCCAUACUGGAUCCUGUCUGCUGCACACUGCUUUCAAGAGUACUCUCUUCCUGCACAGUGGAAGGUAUACGCUGGGAACGUGAAUUUGUUCAGCAUGACUGCAGUCAGAACAGUUCAGAAAAUCAUCAAAAAUGAAAAUUAUGACACAAAAACAAAUGAUUAUGACAUUGCUCUCCUAAAGCUCAAUGUACCUCUGACUUUUUCCACUACAAUGAAGCCAGUGUGUCUCCCCAGUGUUGACCUGGACCUUUCUGCUAACCGUCAAGCAUGGAUCACGGGAUGGGGAGCCUUGUCUUCAUCUGGCCCAUACCCCUAUAUAUUGAAUCAAGCCCAGGUGACCAUUUACAGCAGAGACACUUGCAAUGCACCUCAGGUACUGGACGGGCAAGUCACAGAGACCAUGAUAUGUGCGGGUAAAAUGCAGGGAGGAGUCGACUCCUGUCAGGGUGACAGUGGAGGACCCCUGGUAGUGAAAGAGAGCAAUACAUGGUGGCUGGCAGGGGACACAAGCUGGGGAUACGGAUGUGCUGUAAAGAACAAGCCAGGGGUCUACGGCAAUGUGACCUUCUUUAUUGACUGGAUAUAUGAAAAAAUGCGGAGUGAGUGAGGCGGUGACGUUUUUACUUCCUCUGCACUUUGAAUCAAAAUUUUGGACGGGACUACUUCAUCAGGAAGAUUUUCUUCAAAACAAAAAUCAACCAACAAUAUGAAGGAUAUGCAGCAUUUUUAUAUUCUUGCAUUUGAAAAAAAUGAAACUAUUUAUGUGUCCCAA